UAUCUCCAUGACCUCUUCUAAGUUCCCAUCCAGUAGCACAUGGAAAUGUUGAAUACAUUUCUGCCUUUCAUCCAUUGGGCUCCUAAUAUCACUAGCAGAUCUCGGGAGUCCAUAGAGCGGGAUAUAUUGGAGAUAUCAAUCAUUUGGGUCUCUCGUUAGACCUCUUCCUACAAUCUUCAGAAUACGAGCACCUUUCUUUCUGGUUGAAUGACCGCCUGCCUUUUUAAAUCCAGAAGAGUCAUUGCAAAGUAACACUUACUAAAACAUUUGCCCAAAUGUAAUAAAAUGUUAGUUAGCAACUGUUCAUACUUUCUCAGGUAGCUGAGGUUAAUGCAUGUCUUUAAAGCUCUCUAAUAUUGUACUUUCUAUUAAUUUCAACAUUGGCAAUUCAUUUUACACUUCAUGGACACAGACUUUUAACAUCACAGUGCGUGUUCUGUGCAUAGUACCUAUAUUUUAUAUUGCUGAAGCUCCAGGUAUGUGAACCAACGUAUAUUACAAAGGCUGGGGGACCCAUAGUUAAUCACAUUAUAUCACCCUGGCUGGCACUCAGUGCCAUCUAACUGGAUAAACUUGGGUAUUUUGCCCACGUGAUUUUAUCUUUUUAUCUUGGUUGUAAAAUUAAAGCCUUUGAAAUUGAUUUCCUGUCCAUAUUUAGCACGGAAUGACCCAGAUUGGGAACCUAGUUGCAUUGCCAUGAUUUCAUAACACGAAAGAUGUUUUUUUUUAUUAUAAAGUGCUAGUAAAAGUCAAAGAAUACAUGUAAUGCCGUAACCAGGUGGUAAUUUUCCUAAUUACUUUGAUAUUUAAUUCUUGCUGUCCUACCAAUUUGGAUUCAAAAAUACAUUUAAAAUAACAGAAUAUAAAGUUGACAUGUCUUCACAUACUCAUUAUCAAUUAUGGUGCAAUUAAUCACACAGUGAUAAACAAAUUUCCAUACACACCUGUUUCCAAACCCCACAAAUUCCUAUUUUACAGGUGUUCAUGAGUCCACACUUAAGUGUAUUUUGUCCAAAUGUUCCUUGACGCCAAGCGGUUUUGCAGCUUAACAGUAACUGGACAAUUGAACCCAUGUAUCCCAGUCCAGGACUCUACACAGCCUUGCUUGCAUGGAUUCCUCAGGCAACCAAAGGCUUUGCUAUUCAGUUUGGUAUGAUAAAGAAGUCUGUGUUUCCCAUAAGGGAAAACUAAAUGAAAAGAAGAAUAUUGCCUCACCAACAAGUGUAUGUCAGUAUAGAGCAUAUAGUUAAAAAGUAUAAUUGAAAAUCAUAAUAUGUUGUCAGACACUCAUAACAUUCAAUUAUAGCUUCCAACCCUAACUUCUGUAUAUACCCUCCAGUUGGGAUAGGCCUUGUUCACACUGAAGCUUCCAUUUGCAUAAACAACUGCUCAGUUAUUGUUUAAGUCUACCAUCCAAACCAGAUCUGCUCACUCUUGCCAGUACCAGUGGGUUGCCUGAAUCCCAAAGGACUGCUGUUGACAUAACAAGUCUGGUACUCUUGAGUCUUCGCCGUGCACACAUAAUGGCAGCAACUAGAACACUGGCACUAAUAUUUGGGGAGGAAUUAUUUGUAAAAUAACCUGCUUCUUCUUUUUUUCCUUCAAGGGAAUAUUCAACAGCCAUAGGCCAUCGGUUGCAGGAUCAUGGCCUUGUUGUGGAAAUGAUAUACCUUACAUCUGAAUCAGGUCUUACACGUGCCCUACAAGAAGUUAAAAAUGAUGGUUCCCCAUUCUGUGUUCUUGUUGAACCAUCUAAUGUAACACUUUCCUCUUGCACCGUAAUCAUGCUUCAUCAGUCUAUCAAAAUACACCGUAAUAUGCCCAUGGAGGAUGCAUUGGCUCUGAUAGCUAAGGCGUUUGAGAAAAUUUGUCCUGAGCGCGAACAACAGGAACGCACAGAGAUUUCACACAAAGCAGCUGAUCUGGCGAAUGACUACCUAGAGCGGGAUCUCUAUGACAGUUACCAUGUGCCUCUAGGCAUUAGACAUCUCCUCUUUCUGUUAAGUGAGGGAAAACAUUUGUAUAUGGAAGAAUUGAACUCAAUAAGUGACUUCCUGAAGACCAGGAGAAAUAAGCUUGAAGGCUUUGUUGCAGAAACAGACCCUUUAGCUGUUGCAGCUGAAGACACGGUGUAUCCAGCAAGUGUCCGGCCAAGCACUAGUGCUCUCCCCCAGACUCUAAGCAAACCCCCACCUCUUCUUCCAACUCCUGGCCGGAAUUCUGUGUUAGGCCAGUCAUCUGUAUCUUCAGCUAAGCCAGCUUUGUUGGGUGAAAGACCAUUGACAGGUCUUCUUCCCACACCAGGGCUGGCUGGCCCAAAGGGCAACCCUCCGCCACUUCUGAUAAAGUCUGCUAAAAGACCAGUCCACCUACCUCCAUCUCCACAUCUGCCUGCAAAGCGGCCACUGCUUAGUGGCAGACCGGGCUUGCUGCCAACACCAGGUGAGAGCUGGUUGCUAAGGCACAGCAUCAUUGGGUACCCAAGCCAAAGUUCCUAGCUUGACUGGACACCUGGAUUAAAUGGAGUACACGGCAGUCCCUGCUUGUAUCAUCCCUCUUGCAAGACAGCAGCACCUGACAAAUGUGUGUUAGUACACCAGACAAGCUUAAAUGUGUAUUGUUUUCUGUUGUACACUUUCCUGGGUAUUUUCUUUCUUUUUUUUACUUAAGUGGCAGAGUGAAAAUAGGUGUUUGUGGAACUAUCAGUAUUGUAGAUUCCCAGUACUAACAUUUUUUAAAUAAACCAGUAUCAUCCAAGAAUAAAUGACUUAUUUCCACAGUU